UUCCCCUUUGUCUUCCGGGGAGGGAUUUACUGCUCAAAAGGAAGCCUGUGUGGAGGGGGAAAGAUGAGUAUCUGAGCUUCGGGGGAAGAGUGCAGAUGAUCGUGGGCUCCUGCUAACAGCCUGCUGCAGUACUUCAUUUAGGACUUUAUUUCCAUCAGAUGGGACUUUUUGGGACUUGGUGUGUGUGGCAUGUUUCCCACCUCUUUCUGUGACUAUUGUUUGUGUUAUUAAUUUUACAAGUGCAGAAAGAUCGUUCGGAUGGAGUGGUGCAAAACCCAACUGAGAGUCAACUUGGUCCUUUAAAGAGCUUCUGUGGUGGUCGAAGAGAGAAAUGAAAUUCCUCACGCUGGUAUUGUCUAUCCAUCUCUGAGUCAUCUGAAAUCAACGACCCCACACCAUGAAUGCCUCCGCCAUGCCACUCGCCAACAACACCCCACUCUGCUACUCUAUCAACAGCCCUCCAUUCAAACACCACCUUACCAUCGCCUCAGCAUACUUCUCAUCCAUCUUCGGCACUUUGGGUCUCAUCUCCAAUCUCAUCGCCUUCAUAGUUCUCCUCAAAUCCUUCCAGCAGAAACAUAGCCGCUCACGCUCCUUUUUCCUGAUCUUCCUGGGUGGCCUGGUGGUCACUGACUUCAUGGGUCUUCUGGUCACUAGCUCCAUCGUGAUCUCCUUCCAUGUUACGCACUUUAAUUGGCGCCAUUUAGAUCCAAACUGCCACUUCUGCAACUUCAUGGGUAUGUCCAUGGUCUUCUACGGACUGUGCCCACUCAUGCUUGGUGCCGCUAUGGCUGUGGAGCGUUUCUUUGGCAUCAACCUUCCAUUUGCACGCUCCACCAGCAUGCCCAAGAGACGGGCGGUCUACAUGGUGCUGAUGGUGUGGUUGAUUGCAGGUGGCAUAGCUUUGCUGCCCCUAACGGGCAUUGGGAACUACCACAUGCAGAUGCCCGGCUCCUGGUGUUUUUUCAACAUCAGCUCGGAGGGAAAUGACCUGGCCUUCUCCCUGGUCUUCUCUCUGGUCGGGUUGAUGUGCAUCACUGUGUCAUUUUUGCUGAAUACGGUAAGCGUUGUGACCCUAAUCAGGGUGUGCUGCGGACAGGAUAGGCUCCAGCGUCGCAGAGACUACGAAAUAGAGAUGAUGCUUCAGCUCAUCCUCAUCAUGGUCAUCGCUUCUAUCUGCUGGUGCCCCCUUCUGAUAUAUAUUCUGAUGAGCGUGGAGACUACUGAUCCUGUAGCUGCCUUGUCUGUAAAAGAUGAAACAGUUUUGUUCUGCAUACGAAUGGCCACCUGCAAUCAGAUAUUUGACCCCUGGAUAUACAUCAUGUGUAAAGUGUCCCGGCUAAGGCGAGUAAAAAAUCUUUAUUGCACAAACUGUGCUAUCCGGAAGUCCCCUCCAGAUCAAAUCCCUCCUGCUAUGGCUACGCUUUGCCACCUGGAACCAGAUCCUGGAUCCGUGGGUAUACAUCCUGUUCCGGAGAUCAGUUCUUAAGAGAGUCAACCCCCGCCUCGACUGGUCUCGGGGUUCCAUCAUGAGCUUGUACCCAUCUUUCAACGACACCGUCCGAAGAUUCACACACUCUUCACUUAGGAUCACCCUGAGCCAAGAUGAAACAGGAGAGAUGCAGAAAUCAAACGUAAUACCCCCAUCUACACUAAAGCCACCACCUCCUUCUCCGUGAUGGUUUGGAUUUGAGUUGUUGCCACAGACUGAGUGACAUCGUUGGGGUUACAGUAUGUGUUAGACUGUGUUUCCAUGCUCUGAAGGAGUUUUCAUGUUAACUGUGACCAAGAUAAGAAGCAGGAUUGCACCAACAUUGUUAUUUUAUUGCAUACCUUUGAAACAGUAUUAGCAAUGACACUUUCAUUUAGAGCAACGUUUAAAGAGAGAGGCCACUAUACAGCGCACAGCAGUCACCUAAAAUAGAUUUAAAGCUACUUACAUGGACUGCACUCUUCCAUCAAGUUUUUUUUUUAUAUGAAUAUGAACAACUUUUUACAGUGCAUAUGGGCAUUCUGUGGUAAUUCAGGUGAAAUGUGAUACUACAUUCUGAUGGGACAUAAUGCCUUUUAUGUUCAUGUACACUUUGUUCAGAUGCUCUUGAGUGUCACAUUAUCAUUUAAUUGUUUUUUUCCAGCUCAUACUGUUCAUGUUUUGUUCCCUUUGUGAAAGUAUUUAGCUGGAUUUUGAAGGAAGAUGUGAAGUGAAGAUGCUUUAACAAAAAUGAAAUAUAGCUUAGACUGCCAGAAGCAUCCUACAUUAUUUCCAUUUCAAGAGUUUAUACAAUACAUGACAAUGCAUGUGUUUUCUAUGUGUCAAAUGUUUUGAUAAUGCAUGUGAAUCAAACCAAACUUUCCAGACCCUUGAAAUGAUCAGUUAUCCCCGAAUGGGACCCUCUAGUUCAGUCCUCAUGCUUGUCAUUAAGAGACAUACCCGGGUUUGGCAGAAGAAGAAAAAAGGAAAAUAAAGUGGAUGCCAAUGAGAAUGUGAUUAUUGUACGAAUUAAAUAUUUACGAAGACCCUGAAAAUUUUAAGAUUAUGUUGUCAGUGGUACAACAAUCUUUUCCACUGUCAACUUUAGGCAUGCAAACAAAAAUGCAACAGUAACAGCAUUAUUUUGAGAUAUAUUAUGCUGCAUGAAGGGUCAUAUCUACAUAAAUAGUUUGAAAUCCUUAUCUGCUAAAGAACAAGACAAAAACCUAGUUAUGGCUGGACCGUGUAUGGUCAAUGUGCUUAAUUGUGGCCAAAUUGUUACAGGGAUAUUCAGCGGUGGUGUCUCUAAUGUGAAUAUAAAUUUAACCUUCAUCUGUAAUGGUAAUAUUUGUUUGUUGUGUACUGAAGUAGCAUACCAUAUGACAUGGUAAAGAUACGUUUGACACAAAUAAUUUAGGACUGCUUUUCAACACAAUCAUGUUAUUUUUAAGAAGUUAUUGUUCUGGAUUACUCAUCUGAAGUGUUAUGUGUAAUGUAUGUUACUUUGUUAAA